AUGCAGCGUAUAGCGGCGACCUCGAUAUGUUCGCUUUGCAUGUUCACCUCUCGGCCAGUUACUACAGUACGGACGUCGCUACAACCAUACCUUAGCCAACGCUUGGCCUCGCAACAUUUCAAGCCUCGCCCCUCGCGCAUGGUUCUCUCGGAUCGAGUCGACCAAGCCCCUGGUUCUCGCGAUGACCGACGAAGACGCCGAGACGCCCCGGGUCCCUUUGGGGGGAUGAACAGAACGGUAGCCAAUGUAGACCCCCGCCGAGGAGCCGGUCGACAACGUGCAGUGCCAGGAAAGGAUUCCAGAGGAGGGAACACAAGAGAGAGGGACAGGGACAAUAGGAGAGGAGGAGCAAGAGAUGGAGACGAUCGAAAGGCGCUCAAGAUGCAAAGGGCCUUGGCUACGGUUUCAUACGGAAAGAGAACAGUUAUGAAGGAGUCCAUGACCGAUUACGAUUCAUUCGACACCUUCGAUCUCAUCCCCGCCCUCCAAGUCGCCGUCAAUGAGGAACUCUUCAAGGGCAUGGUUGAUAUCAAGCCAACGCCCGUACAGAGACUUGCAAUUCCUGCCUUGUUAGGGCAAAGGAGUCCUGAAGAUCUUAAGAAGCCUUCAGAAGAGAUGAGCUCAUUCUUGUUGGCUGCUGAGACUGGUUCUGGAAAGACUCUGGCAUAUCUGCUACCAGCUAUCGAUGCUCUUAAGAUGGCCGAGGCCGAUGACCCCGAAAUUAAGGCCUACCGUGAGCGAUGGGAAAUCGAGAAAGCAAGACAAUCGCAAGGCAGCUCGAAAACCAAGCCGUUCGACGAACCACAUCCUUCAAUGGCCCGCCCCAAAGUUGUCAUUCUCGUGCCUACAGCGGAGCUUGCCCAUCAAGUCACAAAGGUGUCCAAGGCGCUUUCGCACGUCGCAAAGUACAAGACAGAACUUCUAUCAUCAGACUUGAAGCCACAGCAGAUCCAGCGCAACUUGUACGGACCUAGAGGAGUCGAUAUAAUUGUCUCGACGCCUCAUCUUCUCGCGUCCAUUGCCGACUCGGACCCCAACAUUCUCUCACGCGUAUCUCACUUGAUUGUCGACGAGGCGGACUCCCUUUUCGAUCGCAGUUUCGCUCCUGUAACUACCAGUAUUAUUGAGCGAGCGAUGCCAUCCAUGAAGCAGUUUGUCUGUUGCUCUGCCACCAUUCCUCGAAAACUCAACAACUUCCUCGCCACCAACUACCCCAAGAUGACCCGAAUCACCACCCCCAACCUCCACGCCAUUCCCCGACGUGUCCAACUGGGGGUUAUCGAUGUUUCAAGGGAACCAUACCGCAAUAAGAAGGAUCUUGCCUGUGCCGAUGCCAUCUACUCCAUCGGCCGUGAGUCCGCUAGUCAUGACGGCCCUGUCAAGGGUGAAGUUGACGUUCGCCGCAUUAUGGUGUUCGUCAAUGAGCGUGAGAAGACCGAGGAAUUGGCGGCGUAUCUCAAAGAAAAGGGCAUUGUUGCAGAAGCCCUCCACAGAGAUACUCCCGAGAAGCGCCAUGGCGAGGUCCUCGAGACCUUUACAUCUCCCGAACCUCUUAGAAUCCCCACGCCGACAGUUGCUUCCAAGGGACGGUCUCUCGCCAACGUGAGAGUCUUGGUUGUCACAGAUUUGGCUUCAAGAGGUAUCGAUACUCUUGCGGUCCGUCACGUCAUUCUCUACGAUGUGCCACACACAACCAUCGACUUCAUCCACAGACUUGGCCGUGCCGGACGAAUGGGUCGACGUGGCCGCGGUAUUGUGCUUGUCGGCAACGAUGACAGAAAGGAUGUUGUUGCAGAGGUCAAGAACAGUAUGUUCAGAGGACAGGCUCUGAUUUAA